CCCCAAACAAACACGACGUUGCAGCUACCGUACGGAUAGCAACGCAAUAAUAAAUAGUAACGCUGCUCCGGGAACUUCUCCCCAAUACUUGGAACGGCUCCAACCGAUCGGGAUAAGCGGCACCACCGCCACCAUCAACCAAUGCCAAUACCAAUGCCAACGUCGAUAUCAACCUACGUCAAAUGGUUGAAUAACUGCAGCCCGAGAUGCAAACGCUUUCUUUCCUUUUUUUUCUUCUUUUUCUUUUCUUUGCAUAUAGGCGUGUCGGUACCCGCGCCACGGGCCGCUCAAACAACAUUUCGGUUAGCGGAACUGGUCACCGCUCGAAUUUCCAACUGUAGCCCUAAGGUUUGUCUUCGGUGCCGAAGAGAAUCGUUUAUACAUAUACUUUUGCUUGCAUUGCAUACCCUAGGUACCUACCUAGGUAAAUACCUAGACAUAUACACUACGCGCGAUGUUCUGCGGUAUUACAGACCUUCGCCACGGCAAACCCCUGUCGGUUCAUUGUUUCUUAUGGCGCCGAAUAACCGGUCACCCCUAAGCGGCCAAGUCUUACACGUGGAACAUAGCAGUAUUUGAAGCAUACAAUAUGGCAAUGUUACCCGAAUGAGAGCGGGUAUUGUCACAACAUUACCUACGUUAUUGCAAGACAGACAACCCCACUAGUUUUGCCGAGUUCUUUUUGAAUACGA